AUGGUAAAUGCAACACAGACCGAGAUCACUACUGAAGUGGUCGAAGCACCGCAAGAGACUGUCAAGGAGCUUCCGUCAAAACCAGUUGUUGGCAUUAUCUAUCCUCCUCCCGAUAUAAGAAAUAUUGUCGAUAAGACUGCUGUGUUUGUAGCAAGAAAUGGGGUACAAUUCGAAGAACGGAUUAGAGAAAACGAAAAACAUAAUGCCAAAUUCAGUUUCUUGAAUCCAAACGAUCCUUAUCAUGCUUACUACCAAUACAAAAUUGCUGAGACUAAAGAAGGAAAAGGUAAAACUGCACCGCCAAAGGAACCGCCACCGUUUGAAUUUAUGACGGAAAUGCCUGCAAUAUCAGCACAGGACCUUGAUAUCCUCAAACUUACAGCACAAUUUGUAGCACGUAAUGGUAGACAAUUCAUGACAGCAUUAUCACAACGCGAACAGAGAAACUACCAAUUUGAUUUUCUUCGUCCCAAUCAUAGUUUAUUCAAUUAUUUCACAAAGUUAGUUGAACAAUAUACGAAAGUAUUGAUUCCACCAAAAAAUCUCAGCGAGAGAUUGAAAGUCAACGUAGACAAUAAGUACGAAAUUCUGGAUCGGGUUAUGCAACGUGUAGAGUAUGCAGCGUACCAAGAGGAAGAGAGAAAGAAAGCAGAGGAAAAGGAAGAUCAGGAGAGAAUCGCAUAUGCCUCGAUCGACUGGCAUGACUUUGUUAUUGUCGAAACGGUUGAAUUUACUGAGGCUGAUGAGACCAUUGAUCUCCCACCACCAAUGAGUAUAAUGGAAUUAGAAAACAUGACGCUUGCCCAGAAGAAGAUGGCGUCGGUCAUGCUGGACGCACAAGUUGAAGACAAAGGGAUUGAAGAAGACAUGGAGAUGGAUGAAGAUGUUGAAAUGGAGGAGGAAGAAGAGGAUCAAAUAGGGAAGAAAGACGAAUCACUCGAGCCAGAACUAGAAGCAGAACCUGCGGUGAUGGAGAUUAAACCGCCGGAUGCAACUGCACCUAUUAAAAUACGUAAAGACUAUGUACCAAAAGUUCACGCCCCCAAGACAUCGGGAACGAGACCGCUGGGUAUCUGCCCACGUUGUAAUCAAGCCAUUCCCGUGGAUGAAAUGGAAGAACAUAUGCGAAUUGAAUUAUUAGACCCCAAGUGGAAAGAGCAAAAGGAAGCUGCAGACGCAAAGAAAAAGGAAUCCAACUUAUUACGAGAAGGUACCGAUGUGGCCAAGAUUCUCAAAAACUUCUCAGGCUAUCGUUCAGAUAUUUUUGGUACCGAGGAAACUGAGAUUGGUAGAAAGGUUUGUAGUAUAGCUUUGCUUACGUAA